GUCUACGCUAGUAUUUAUGUUGUAUUGUAGUGUGGGUGAAAAAAACAUUCGGUAUGACGCAUAGGGGAGGAGAAGAUGGACUGGGUGGAGGAGAUGGAGUAGGAGAUGGAGGAGGAGAUGGAGUAGGAGGAGAUGGAGGAGGAGAUGGAGUACGAGAUGGAGGAGGAGAUGGAGUAGGAGAUGGAGGAGGAGAUGAAGUGGGAGGAGAUGGAGUAGGAGAUGAUAGGGGAGGAGAAGAUGGACGGGGUGGAGGAGAUGGAGGAGGAGAUGGAGGAGGAGAUGGAGGAGGAGGAGAUGGAGGAGGAGAUGGAGUAGGAGGAGAUGGAGUAGGAGAUGGAGGAGGAGAUGGAGUAGGAGAUGGAGGAGCAGAUGAAGUGGGAGGAGAUGGAGUAGGAGAUGGAGUAGGAGAUGGAGUAGGAGAUGGAGUAGGAAAUGGAGUAGGAGAUGGAGUAGGAGAUGGAGUAGGAGAUGGAGUAGGAGACGGAGUAUGAGAGAUUG